UACCUAGCAUUUACAUUUGAUGGGGAGCUGUUUUGAAUAAUAACUGUGAAGACUGUGAGUCAGUGUGUGUGUGUGUGUGUGUGUGUGUGUGUGUGUGUGUGUGUUGAUUGAAAGAGAGAGAGAGCGAGAGAGAGAGAGAGAGAGAGAGGGAGCGAUAGGAGAGGGGGAGAGAGCAAGCCUCUGAACAGAACGCUGGCUGGUGGCUGAGCUGCAGUGUUCUCUGUUAUAUAUUUUUUUCCCCCGGAGUAGUCUAUCUGAGCGGAUUUAUAUUCAAGGGGGAUAAGAAAAAGUCACACAAGUAUCAUUUCCAAAAUGGGUGCAGUGAUGGGGACAUUCUCCUCCUUCCAGACCAAACAAAGAAGAGCCUCUAAAGGUCAACUGUAUGUUAUGGACUACGCCCCUCGCCAAAAUAAGUCAGAUAAAAUAGAAGAUGAGCUGGAAAUGACGAUGGUUUGUUACCGACCAGAGGGACUGGAGCAACUAGAGGCACAAACAAAAUUUUCUAAAAGGGAACUUCAAGUUCUUUACAGGGGAUUCAAAAAUGAAUGUCCUACUGGAGUAGUUAAUGAAGAUACCUUUAAGCAGAUAUAUUCACAAUUCUUUCCUCAUGGAGAUGCAAGCAUGUAUGCACAUUAUCUAUUUAAUGCAUUUGACGCUGCACAAUCUGGGUCCGUUAAAUUUGAGGAUUUUGUAGCUGCUUUGUCAGUUUUGUUGAGAGGAACAAUUCAUGAAAAAUUAAGGUGGACUUUCAACCUCUAUGAUAUAAACAAAGAUGGAUACAUAAACAAAGAGGAAAUGAUGGAUAUCGUUAAAGCCAUAUAUGACAUGAUGGGAAAGUACACGUAUCCAGUUCUCAAAGACGAUGCUCCUAAGCAGCACGUGGAAAUAUUUUUUCAGAAAAUGGACAAAAAUAAAGAUGGUGUUGUAACUUUAGAUGAAUUCAUUGAAUCAUGCCAAGAGGAUGACAAUAUUAUGAGGUCGUUACAGCUUUUUGAGAAUGUUAUGUAACAUCUCAGAAGAAGGCUGCUGAUGAUGAUGGUGAAUGAUGCUGUGAAACACUGGUCACCUUAUAAAACUAUACAUAAAUCACAAAGAGUUUAUUCUUUUGAAAUGUGAGAAAUUUUGCAACUAUUAAGAGAAGAAUUUUGUACAAGUCUAUGACAUCAAGCAACAAACGCCAACAGAAUAUGGAAAAAAAUCAAUCAACUUUGUUUCCCUGGUAUUACACAUUCAUUGGAUUAAAUAUCCUUUUGGAUGCAUGCUGCAUUUAAAUAAAGCUACAAAAUACAAACAAAAAAAACAACAUUUUUUACUUUCAUCUGAAUCGUUCGCAAAAAAUGAUUGCUUGUUACAGAUACUUCUGCUUUUUAACCUCAUACAGUUUGUAUGAUUACAAAGCAUAAGAAUAUAUACUGUUAGCUUGCUUCUCUAUUUACUGUGAUUGGAAGCUGAAUGCUUACCAUACAAUGUUAUAUUUAUUUUAGGAACACAUCAUACCAAAUUAUAGUUUAACAAUUUAACAUAUAUAACAAAAUUAUUUCCAUACCAUCUAAGAAUAUUGUAAAAAAAAGUAUUAUGCUUUAUUUUUUCAUUAUUUGUGUAUGAUGGAUUGAUAUUUUUAUUUUUGAAUACAGCGCAAAAGGAAAACUAAAUUCCAAAUACAUUAUUAUUAACAUUACAAAUAAAAUGUGAACAUACCACCCACUUCAGCUUGUUUAUUUAUCAGCUUGGUGAGCACAUUUAUUUUACUGUACAAAUGAAAAUAUGAGUUUUAAUAAAUUAUUUACUUUUCUGUAUUGAUAGGACAUAUUGUGUUAAGUGGCAGCAUUUGAGUAAUGUUAUUAUUAUUAGUAUAUGGUAGUCUAUGUAGAACAUUCUGUUUAUAUGUGCUUCAUAAUCAUAUUUACAGUGCGUAAACAUUUAAUUUAAAUCUAGUAGACACGUAGCAUAAUGUAGUUUAUAUCACUGAUUAUAAAGAGGUAAAGGUUUGCAUUACUUCAGUAUCUGAUUAUUAUGUAGGUAUGUGUGAAUGUGUCACACUUGACAUACUUCAUAAAUAAACUGUACACUGCUUAAUGCUGUUAUACAGUUUCCAAAGCAGGUUGAAUAUUUUUUUUAAUGCAAGGGAUCAACAAUAGAUACAAUGAAUAGGUACGAAAGUGUGCAACAUAGUCUUUCUUUAUGUGUACAGUACAUUGAAAGAGUAUGAGAUGAGUUCAAGGGGGAGAUAUAGCAGAACUUCUGAAGAGAACACAGCAACCAAUCAGAUUCUACCUAUCAUUUUAUAGAAUGUACCAGAUAAACGAUAUGUAUGAAUAGGUAGAAUAUGAUUGCUUGCCUUGCAAUGAGCAACUACUCCUCCUUUCCUCUUUAGAAGAAUUUUGUGUAUUGCACAACUCCUCCCCCAAGUAACUUUGUUGUAAAGUACCUCUCUGAACUGAAAUUGAUCCUGAUACUAGUGAAAGCUCUAAGGCACUAUGGGGCAGAUUAAGUAGAUACCCAGAACCCUUGUAUUAACUCAUAGUAGCUCUACCAAUGGAGGCGCAAGCAUAAAUCAGUUACCAUAACCUCUCAAGAAAGCAGUGCGAGCUGAAGGCAGGUCACGCUUAGAAGGAGAUGUACUAAACAGUGAAAAGAGUUGAGAAUUAAGCCAGUGGAGAAGUUGGCCAUAGCAACCAAUCAGCUGAUCUGUAUAAUUUUAAAAUAUGCAAAUUAUAAAUUUACUUCAGUGCUGAUUGGUUGCCAUAGGCAACUUCUCUACUGGCUCACUUCUCCACUCUUUUCAUUGCUUAGUACAUCUCCUCCUUAAUUGGACCUGCCCCUAGAUGUACUAUAGUGAUAUAGGACACCAUGGUAUUUAAGGUAAACAACUGGAAUUUACUAUAUAUGGGACACUAAGGAAGAACUUGAAUAUGUUUUACAGUAAUUAAGAGUUAACAAGAGCUGAAUCCUACAAAAGUAUUAUGAAAUGUACAUUUGUUUCUAGCGUUCAUCAAUAAAGUUUCCCUAACUGUAUGCAGUGUGUGAUGCAGCAGACUUUUUAUUGUGUGCUUUAACUGAGCCUGCUGUAAUUCAAAAUAACAUAGCCAUUCAUUUAUUUCAACUAUAUUAUAUUUAUUUAUUGUACAAGAAAUUCUUUAAUAAAUAGUUUUAUUUCCUAGGUUUGAUCCACUUUAUAAAGGAACUGCCUAGGAGUCCUGAAUAUCACAUUUUGAGUGCUCUUCAAAAAAACAAAAACAAACUAUUUACAGAUGUUUAGGGAACUCAGUUUUGUAAGUUGCCACUGGUAAGCUAUACUACGGUAUCAAGCACUGUAUUCUAUACUUAUAGCUGGGCAGGCAGUAAAUAUUUUUGUUUUCCUGCCUACACAGCCCUACCCAGGGGCAGAUUGGGAUGGAAAAUCAGUCCAGGAAAUUUAUGGGAGCAGUCCUUAUGGGGGUACGGGCUGCUGAGGGAGGUGGGAUUCCUCGUCAUAGGGCCUGAUUGUACACAACUGCGGCCUUCCUUGCAUCUUUUGCCGCAGACUGGGGACAGAUCAGGAACUAAAAAUGGCUCUGUAAAUUUUUGUCGUAGUGGCCCGACAUGGGCAGCACAAGAGGUUUAACAUACCGUGUAGCUAUAGCAGCAUCACUGGAUGGCAAAGUUGUGGUACUACAGAGAUGGAAUAACAGAAUGAAUGGGGACAAUACAGUGGGGUUCAGUAUGAUAUCCCGACUAUUGGGAUCCCGGCGGUUGAAAUCCCGGUGCCGAAUUCUCGACAGUCAGAAACCCGCCCUCUAGCGCAUCAUGUCCCCUCGCAGGCUUGUUGCGCUCGCCAUGUUUCGGGCCCGGUGGACACUAAUCUAUUCCCCAUCGGGUGGUGGCGAGGACCACCACCCAAGUGGGGUUUCUGGGAAUCCCGACCUCCGGCAUUUCAAUGAGUGUCAGUAUUUCGACCGCCGGGAUCCUGACUGUCUGGAAUUUAACUGCGUCCCAAGCAAUAUUCUGAGUGCGGUGGGCUGCCUGUCAUGUGGGUGGUGGGGUCACAUGACAUCACACAAAACAUGCCCCACAGACAAGUCGGCUACCAGGAAUCUUUCCGGUGAGCCCCAUGGCCAAUCCGCCCCUGACCCUACCUGCCUCCACCCGAAGAAGUACUGUAGCCACAAAAACUUUUCCUCUAGGAAACAGGCUGACACUGUAAACAUUAGAUGCUUCAUUUAUCUAAAUGUCAGGUUAGGGUUGAAAAUCAAGGAUAAUACAUUUCAAUAAAAAAAUUACUGUUUCUAGACAUUGAAAUAAAAUAGAACACUUAUUUUGUGUGCUCAGUGGGGGUAAUUCAGAUGUGGUUGGAACUGAUUUACAUGAAGCAAAGUGCUGAUUAUGAGUACAUUACGCAUGUGCAGGACUCUUUCUGCGUAUGCACAAAAGGAUCCUGCAACGGCGGAUGCUGAUCGGUAUCAUACUGUCAGUGAUUGACAGUCUGAUGCUGUUUGGGGGCAGGGAGGGGGCGGCGACGGACUCUGUUUAUCUAAAUGGAUGCAAGUUGCCACUGCUGCCGAUGAGGGAAGAGACAGAGUUUUACUGGCCCCUGUGUAAAAUUAGCAGCAGCUAGCUUGCGCGACUCCGAUGCUGCUUGGGAAGCUCCGAUACUGCGUCCUUAGAUGCAGUUGGAUCAGUAAUGCAAAAGGAGGCGUGACACCUUCUACUGCAUUACCAUAUUAGUGCUAUCACUGCUGCAUCUAUGUAAGCAUAGCUACUCCAACCACAUCUGAAUUAGCCCCAGUGUGUUGAGACUAAGUAGGCUCUUGUUUCCGUACAGUAGAUAAGGCUCCCACAGUUUUGAAAUAAAGAAAAAUCAGGUUGCUCAGGUCAUAGAAUCCACACGUGUCUUUCUUGAGUAAAAUACUGUCUUACACUUUCAACUCUAAGCUUGGCAGGGCCAGAAUAUCAAUGGGGCAGUCGGGACUAUAACUCUAGACCUCCACAUAAAAAUCAUCAUGACAGCAUGAUGAUAACCAGCCACCAAGCUGACCACAUGGUUGGCCGUAAGUUAGAAGUAUAAAAACUGUAUUUCUAUUUUACUCUCAAAAUAAUGUAAUUUUUCUACUUUAACAUUCCUAGGGAAACAUUGGGACUGAUAGUGGAGAGGGAGUCCACUCCACAUGAUACUGGCCACACCCACAUAGCACUGGUCACACCCCUUCCACCUCUAACAGUAGGCCAGUAUUUCCCAGCCAUGGCCCUCAAGACAAACUAAUAGUUUUAAGGAGAGCCAUACUUGAGCAUAGGUGACUUAUUUUGAUUUAGUAAUCUGUGCUCAAGCAUGGAUAUCACUAAAACCUGGACCGAUAGUAACAGCGUGGUUGCUAUAUUACAUGAAGUUGACAUCUAUUCACAGUACUUUAUUGCUAAUUGCAGUAGUUAGGUAUAUUUCCAAUUGAUUUAAAGGGAAGUCAGUGGCUGUUUGUAUUUAAUUGAAUUUAUUUUCAACGUAAUAUUUGUGUCUGUAUUUUAUUGCAUUCAGCAUGAGAAAUACACAUUUCACAUGUAUUAGUAACAGCAUUUCUACUCUGUCUUAUGUAUAUGACACUUCAUUACUGUGUUAUAUUGUGUAGAAAUUGGGUCAUUAUAACUGUCCGAGAACUACUACUCACUGAAAUAAGCGCCAGCAUCUCCCUCAGCCUUGCUCACUGGAUGCUGUAUAGACAUAGACUGCAUCCAAAUAGCCAAAUUAGAAAAGGAACCAGUGCACUGGGAAAGCUGAGUUUGGAUCGCUGGGUCGACAAUAAUUAGGUCGACAGUCAUUAGAUCGACCACUAUUGGUCGACAGUGACUAGGUUGACACAUGAAAUAGGUUGACACGGUCAUUAGGUUGACUCGGAUAAUGCUUGGAUGUCGUUUUCUUCGCUCGCCAUGCUUCAGGCAGGUUACUAUUCCCAAUCGUAGUCCACGUGGAUCAAAAGUAUGAAAAAGUAAAAAAAAUUGUGAAAAACUCAUCUCAACCUUUUCAUGUGUCGACAUUUCCCAGGUCGACUUAGUGACCACAUCCACCUAAUGACCAUGUCGACCUAAUGCAUGUCGACUAAUAGUGGUUGACCUAAUGAGUGUCAACCUAAGUGCUGUCGACCUAAAGAGCGGAUACCGGGAAAGCUAUAGUAUGCAUUUCCCACACAUGUUAAAUAUACUGUAUAUAUAAUAAACAUAAUAGGGGGAGAUGUACUAAGCCUUGAAAAGUGAUACUUUUGAAAUAAAGUACCAGCCAAUCAGCUCCUGCCAUGUUAGAGGAUAGGUUUGAAAAAUGACGGUUAGGAGCUGAUUGGCUGGUGCUUUAUCACUGUACAAUUUAUAACUCUCCAAGGCUUAGUACAUCUGGCCCAUAAAAUGAAUUAUGUGAAAAAGAGAGCGCUGAGUUCUGAGAGACGCAGCUUACGCUGACAUGAGUAGGAGUGCCCGAUCGCAGUUGUUUGUGUUAGUGAGGGAUGCGAGACUUUGUGGAAAAAAAAGUAAUCUGCUCUGCAUUUUAAUACUGUGGGGAAAAAAAUCACCUAAAAUGCUAAAAAAAAGUAAUAAUUUUUAAAAGUAAAAUUAGCAAAGAAAUAAAACAAGGAGCCAGAGUCAGACUUCCAGACACAAGAAGCAUCCAGCUUCACCAUGGAAGCAAAUCGCUCGACAGUGUAUGCUCUUAGAUGUGAGCUGUAAAAUGGCCUUUGAAUUAUUGAUUGGGGUCUGGAAACAUUCCCAAACUAAACAGAAUGUAAGAUUUGUAUGUUGCCUGUGUGUGUUAUAAUGCGCUUAGAGGACCCUUUCUGUGCUGAUAGUUCUCAGUAGAAAAUAAAACAUCCUAUUGCAAAGAGUGGACACUGAUAAUGUGUCUGUAUGUGCCAUCAUGUUCACAUAUUAAUGUGCCUUUCCGCGUACCAGUCCUUGGAACUGUGAACUGUGUCCAGCUUUGUGCGAUUGCAGAAAAUGCACGUGCUGGAAAGGCACACAGAAAAAGUGCAAUCUAUUAACACUUAAGGUACAUUGGCCCUCAUUCCGAGUUGUUCGCUCGCAAGCUGCUUUUAGCAUCUUUACACACGCUAAGCCGCCGCCUACUGGGAGUGAAUCUUAGCUUCUUAAAAUUGCGAACGAAAGAUUCUCAAAAUUGCGACCACACACCUCUUAGCAGUUUCUGAGUAGCUCCAGACUUACUCGGCAUCUGCGAUCAGUUCAGUGCUUGUCGUUCCUGGUUUGACGUCACAAACACACCCAGCGUUCGCCCAGACACUCCUCCGUUUCUCCAGCCACUCCCGCGUUUUUCCCAGAAACGGUAGCGUUUUUUCGCACACACCCAUAAAACGGCCAGUUUCCGCCCAGAAACACCCACUUCCUGUCAAUCACAUUACGAUCACCAGAACGAAGAAAAAACCUCGUAAUGCCGUGAGUAAAAUUCCUAACUGCAUAGCAAAUUUACUUGGCGCAGUCGCAGUUGCGACUAAUCGCUCCGUUGCGGAAAAAAACAACGAGCGAACAACUCGGAAUGACCCCCAUUGUUUUAAUAAUAACUUUAAAUAGUUUGGUUAGCUUAAUUUGUGUCUUCUCAUGAAUGCAUGAGAGUAAAAUAAUGUCAGGAGUGCUCUUAGUACUUCUGUCACUUGUCCUUCCAACAGUACCUGCUGUAAUGCCUAAUCUAUACCCCACAUGUAAUGAAUGCUCCAGACCCUUCAUCAGUAGGCUGGUGAUGGUGACAUCACAAAAGGGAAUUUGCAGUUUACACUUUUGUGUUUAGUAACUUACCAUUAUUGUCCUUUUUUUGUAUCAUGUAGUUGGGGACUUCCACGGAUUUAUUAUGUGGGAAAUGCACCAAGAGACAAUUAAGAACCCAAAUGACCAUUUAAGAUAGUCAUAUAAAAUUGAUAUAGCCAUUUAAAGUCACAUAAAAUAAAAGUUAUAUCAAAUGACUAUAAAACCAUAUAGUCUGUGUAUAUGACAUAAUCACUGAGCACCAAUUAGCUACUUUUUGGCUUUCAAAGUUUUAUAGACACUGUGAGGAGGGUUGGGGGAAGGGUAUUCCGCACAGUGACUUCACUCUGUUGUCCCUCCCCACUCCCAAUCAUCACAUGAGUUACAUAAUGUGGACAGUUGCCAUGCUAGGCGACUGACCUUAGAUAAGAGAUCCUACACGUAAGUCUGUACUAUUAAACGGAAACAAAUAACAUUUUUGAAACAUUUUCUUUAUUUUGUUAUUACUACCAUUCAUUUUUACUAAAUCUAUUAUAGGGGUUAAAAACAGUAUUCGGUUGAUAGAUCUACAGUGUCUAGGUAGACGGUCAAUAUGUCCACAGAUAUGGUUGACAUGCAUUAGGCCAACAGGUGCAAAAGGUUGACAGCUGAAAGGUCAACAGUGCAAAAGCAGACAAAAAAAAGAUAGCUGAAAAGUCAACAGGUUCAAAAGGUCAACAUGACAAUAGUCGACACAUAUUUUUUUUUGGGGGGGGGUCACAUGUCUCAUCCAACAUUUGCUUGAUUUACUUUCCACAUGGACAUCUGUUGGGAAUAGUUACCUGCAAAUUGCAAAGUGAGCCACCGUGCCCACAGUUUGAAGCAAGCAUGCUUCGGUCUACGUUUGUACUUAUGGUGGUCGCAGAAUAUAAAAUAUACUAGAUGUGGCCCCAAAAUGACAAAAACACAUGUCAGCCAUCUAUGUAUCGACCAUUGUCAUGUCAAACUUUUGUACCUGUCAACCUUUUGGACCUAAUGCAUGUCGACCAUAUGUUGGAAACCUAUUGACUAUGUACCGAGACAGUGUACAGUAGAUCUAUUAUACCACAUGCUUUAAAAACAGGUAUCUAAAACUCUGUACAUCUAAACUUAAAGUGCAUGUAAUGACACUUCAUGAAAUGAUAUCAAUGUAUUACUGAGUUGAAUAAUAUAAAUAUAAAAAAAACCGAAAGUUUAGAGUUUACAAAUAUGCUGACCAUGUUCUCAAUGACUGGUUUGGAGCAGUGUAGAAGGAUGGCUCUUCUCUAACUAGAUAGGCAUAAAAUGACACACUUGUUUUGCAAAAAUACAUUGUUUGGAUUGGUUGAUUACAACAUAGGGGCAGUGAUGUCACAGCAAAGUUAAUGAGCUCUAGAAAUAGCCAUUUUACCUGUAUCAGAUCUUAUUAAGACAGUGUGGCAAAGGUAUGAGAGAUCUUCCACUCUCUAAUGGAAUUGGUAGGGGAAGGGCAAUAUAAAACAUCUAAAAUUGAUUUAUGUUUCCUGACUUGUUCUUUUGUUACAUUUUGAUUAAAAUAUUAAAUGGUGUGGCACAAUCUAAUGUAUAGUUUUCUGGCUCUCUACUGACUCUAUUGAUAGCAUGUGACCCAAAUGUUAUGUACUCAUAGUAUGUAUAUCAUUUUACUUUUUUUUUUUAUAAGCUCAUUUAAUUAUGUCAGUUGUUAAACAUUAUCUGGGUAAUUUGUAAGAAUUGUGCAAUUCAAAAACUUAAACUUUGUUACUUUAAUUUUGUGUUUGAUGUUAAUAAUGUGAAGAACAAAAAAUGUUUAUGUAUUUGCCGAUCAUUAUGGAUAAACCAAUCAAUGUAGAAAACUGCAAUGUCAUUUCUCGGAGCAUUUAGCACAGAUACAUUAAGUGCUUGUACAAAAUGGCAAAGGUUUUAUGUUUAGUUGCAUCAUUUUGAAAAAUGUAAUUUUUUUUAAUAAACUGAUUUUGUUUUA